UUUGUGUCUUCUUCCUUAUACUCAUUCUUUUGGGAUGUGUACAUGGAUUGGGGUCUCGGACGGCGCAAGCACAAGUUUUUGGGACCCCGUCUCAUGUAUCCGAAACGAGGAAUGUACUAUCUGAUUAUUGCUGUUGACUUGGUCCUUCGGUUUGCGUGGGUCUUGACUUUGGUUCCGCCACAGUCCGGUGCCAGUUUUGCCUUGCCCCAGUACCUGACGGCGGUGUCCAUGUUGUUGGAGCUGUUUCGACGCACAAUUUGGGGAUUCUUGCGGCUGGAAAAUGAACACCGCAGCAAUACCGCCGGUUUCCGCCGCGUCGGGUUCGUU